AAAGGAUCAUUUUCUAGUCCUACACCAGACCGUCGUUUCUCUCUUUCUUUCUUUCUUCUCCUCUGUUUCAAGCACACCAAUACAGAAGCUACAGAUUCUAGCUUCACCAUGGCUAUGUCGACAAGGAAGAGACGCCCUCAGCCGUCCGAUCCAUCGUCAUCAUCGUCGUCGUCGUACACGAAACUCGAUAAACCAGGGAAAUCAGAGUCCGAUGAAGAAGGAAACAAGGGGUUGAGUUGGAUUUUGCCAUUUUUGGCAUUGGGAAUCUUGAGGCAUAUGAGCGCAAUGUCAAACAUCAUUCACGACUGUGAUGAGGUCUUCAACUAUUGGGAGCCUCUCCAUUAUCUUCUCUACAAAUUCGGCUUCCAAACUUGGGAAUACAGUUCCCAGUUUGCACUUAGGUCGUAUUUGUAUAUUCUCUUCCAUGAGUUGGUGGGUCGACCUGCCUCGUGGCUGUUUGGUGAGGAAAAAGUGAGAGUAUUUUAUGCUGUAAGACUGUUUCUUGGUCUGCUCUCUGUUAUCACGGAAACUGUUCUUGUUGUAGCUCUUUCAAGGAAAUACGGAAAGCGUCUUGCUUCUUACACACUUGCGAUGUUGUGCUUAACCAGUGGUUGUUUUUUUGCUAGCACUAGUUUCUUGCCAAGUUCAUUCUCUAUGUAUGCCAUGUCUCUAUCAUCGGGUCUAUUUCUUCUUGAGAAACCUGCUAUGGCAGUGGCAGUUGCCGCAGUUGGUGUUAUUCUUGGCUGGCCAUUCUCAAUCUUGGCUUUUCUGCCAGUGACAUUCUUCUCUUUAGCCAGAAAAUUCAAACAAGUGUUUGUUGCCGGUGCUGUCACCUCUGUUGCCCUUCUUGCAUUAUCGCUUCUUGUGGACUACUCCUACUACGGAAAAUGGACAUCGUCCGUGUUAAAUUUGUUGCUCUAUAAUGUUGCUGGAGGUGGCGAGAGCCAUUUAUAUGGAACUGAAGGGCCACUUUAUUAUUUGAGGAAUGGGUUUAACAAUUUCAACUUCUGUUUUGUACUUGCAUUGCUCUUUCUCGUAAUAUUGCCAAUUGUGAGGAAAAAGUAUGCCCCAGACCUGCUAAUUGUGGUUUCUCCUAUAUAUCUCUGGUUGACAUUUAUGUCGUUGCAGCCACACAAAGAAGAAAGGUUCCUUUAUCCAAUAUAUCCGCUUAUUUGCGUUGCUGCUUCAGCUGUCAUUGACAGCUUUCCUGAUUUUUUCAGUGACAAAUACGAUCCCACUAAAAAUUAUGUGUUGGUCAUGAUAGCGAAAACGCUUAGACCAGUGGUUCUUAGCCUCAUUUUAUGUGCUUCCCAUGCUCGUACGUUCUCUCUGAUCAACGGUUAUUCUGCUCCUUUGGAGAUUUACAAGCUUUUAGAGCACCAUGAAGACGUAGGAAAAAGUUCUGUACUUUGUGUUGGAAGUGAAUGGCACCGGUUCCCAUCAUCAUUUUUCGUUCCGGGUUUUAUCGGAGAAGUCAGAUGGAUCGAUGACGGUUUUCGAGGACUCCUGCCUGUCCCUUUUAAUUCUACACUGGGAGGAACUGCAGCAGCACCACCGUACUUUAACAACAAGAACAAAGCAUCAGAUGACCAAUAUCUCGGAAACGUUGAAGCUUGCACGCUGCUUGUUGAGCUGCAUCUUAGUCGACCGUACCCUUAUCGUGGAAGCGAUGCGUCAACAUGGGAGGUCAUCGGAGCACUUCCUUAUCUCGACCGGGAGCUCUCACCCCCCAUGUACCGCUCAUUUUUCAUCCCAAACGUUUGGCAGUACAAGAACAUCUUUGGUAUGUACAAGCUGCUGAGAAGAAUACCAAAAUGAAAGUGUUGUGUUAGAUCUAGUCCCAGGACCUAACAGACUUUUACCAAAUUUUGAACUUGAGUGCGUGACUUUGGACACUUAAUUCUCAAGUGCACCUAGUUAAGUGUCAUUGUGGAGUAAAAUUUUACUUUGGACACCUAGUUAAAUUUUACUUAAAUAAGUGUGGAUAAAAAAAAAAACCCCCAAAGAAGAAAAUGCUAAGAGAAAAACAGAUGAACAUUAAUAACAUAUCUAUAUAUGUGAGAAAAGAGAGUUGAUAUAGUUUACACACGUUAAAUCCUUAGAUACUUUGUAGGUAGAAAAACGGGAAAAAAAAAAGAAAAAAAAAAGAAAAAAAAAAGAAAAAGAGAGAGAACGGGAUUAAUUUCUUAUCUUUGUAGGGUC